CAGAGAGCGGUGCGGAUCCCUGUGUGUGCCGAUCUCCGGAGGGGGACCAGAUAAUCUAGUCGGACCUUCAGCGGAGUGGAUCUCCUGCAUCUGCACACGCACACACACACGCACACACACACACACGGAGAAAAGUCACAUUUCAAUUCCCGGCGGGGGGAUUGUGAUUUACUGAGCACAGGUGACCUGUAACCGGUUGGAGAGAGGGAAGAGAGGGAGAGAACAAAUGGAAAGGGAGCAGAGGGAAAGAGGAUGAGUGAGAGAGAGCAGGACCCAAGAGAUUCCUGGUUUACAAUGGCAGCCCCUCGCUCCACCGACUUCUGAUUUCAAAAGAAUAAAAAGGACUUUGCCUAAAGAGGCCCGACGGAUUGUGACUUCUCUUUGCUGUUUUGCCCUGUAGUGGGAGUCCUCGCUUUGGUCUCAGGAGGAGAAGUCAUGACAGAACUCUGAAUUCAGAAAUAAGUCCUUCUCUCAUCCCCUCACCGCCUAAAUCCACCUGCUCCUUUUUACAGAGUAACAGCUCUUUGCCAUGGAGAAGACGUACUCACUGACUGCCCACUACGACGAGUUCCAGGAAGUAAAAUACGGCGGCCGCUACAGCAGCGACAUCCUCAGCAACGGCAUGACCCUUCACCUGGGAGGCAGCCUGGACCGUCACAUGGGGCGAGGUCGAGGUGGGACCUGGUCAAACGGGCGAAAUAAGGACAUGAGCAACGCCAGCGGCAGCGGAGGACUUCCCCGCUGGAGCCGGAGGGAGAUCUGCCUCCUCUCGGCGCUGGUCUUUGCGGCAGGCAUGUGUGUAAUCUUGGGCAGCAUGCUGGCGCUCAAGUACAUUUCCCUGGACGCCCAGCAGGACCCGCAGUGCCGACAGGACUGCCAACGCAAACGCUCCCUGCUGCGCACGGCUCGCUUCGUCCAGGCCAAUAUUGACCCAACCAUCCAGCCCUGCCAGGACUUCUACUCCUUCGCCUGUGGCGGUUGGCUGCGGCGCCACGGCAUCCCAGAGGACAAGCUCAGCUACGGCAUCAUCACCGCUAUCGGGGAGCACAACGAGGAGAAGCUGCAGCACCUCCUGUUGGAGCCGAUACGGAGGCGCGGGGCCAACUCCGCGGAGCGCAAGGUCAAGGAGUUUUACAGAUCCUGCGUCAACAUCCAGGAAAUCGACAAGCUGGGCUCUGACCCCAUGACAGAGGUUAUUGACAGCUGUGGGGGGUGGGACCUGGCGGGGGCUCCUCCUGGUGCUGCCGGCUGGGAGAGCGAGGGCGCUCCACAGAGGCCGGACUUCAAUGAGCUGCUGUACAGGACCCAGGGGGUGUACAGCACCGCCGUCUUCUUCUCCCUCACAGUCAACGUGGACGACAAGAACUCCUCCAGGAACGCCAUCAGGAUUGAUCAGGAGGGGCUCACACUCCCUGAGAGAAGCCUCUAUCUGGGACAGGAUGAGGACAGUGUGAAGAUCCUGGCGGCGUACAAGGCCCUGAUGGAGCGCUUGCUGAGCAUGCUGGGAGCCCAAAACGCCACGCAGAAGUCCAAGGAGAUUAUACAGCUGGAGACGCGCCUGGCCAAUAUCACUGUGUCAGAAUAUGAUGACCAAAGAAAGGACAUCAGCACCAUGUAUAACCGCAUCACCCUGAGGCAGCUGCAGCGCAUCGCUCCCAGUCUUCACUGGAAACGCUUGCUGGACAGAAUCUUCCACGACAACUUCUCAGAGGACGAGGAGAUCGUGGUGCUCGCUACCGACUACAUACAGAAAGUCUCUGACAUCAUCAAGACCACUUCGAAAAGGGUUCUUCAUAACUACAUGCUGUGGCGCAUUGUGGCAGCGCUUAGCGAACACCUGUCCACCGCCUUCCGCAGCACCAUCCACGAGUUUUCUCGAGAGAUCGACGGCACCGAGCAGCAGCUGGAGCUGGGCAGGCUCUGCCUCACCCAGGCCAACAAACACUUUGGCAUGGCCCUGGGAGCCCUGUUUGUCCAGCAGCACUUCUCCUCACAGAGCAAGGCCAAGGUACAGGAGCUGGUGGAGGACAUAAAACACUCCCUGGACCUCCGUCUGCAGGAGCUGGACUGGAUGGACGAAGCCACCAAGGAGGCUGCCAGAGCAAAGCUGAGGCACAUGAUGGUGAUGACAGGAUACCCAGACUUCCUGCUCAAACCUGAGCUCAUAGAUCAAGAAUAUGGGUUUGACGUGGACGAGAAGACCUACUUCAAGAACAUCCUCAACAGCAUCAAGUUCAACAUCAAGCUGUCGGUCAAGAAGAUCCACGAGGAAGUGGACAAGACGGCGUGGCUUCUCCCCCCUCAGGCCCUUAACGCCUACUACCUCCCCAACAAGAACCAAAUGGUCUUUCCUGCUGGCAUCCUUCAGCCCACUCUCUACAACCCUGAGUUUCCACAGUCUCUGAACUACGGAGGAAUAGGAGCUAUCAUCGGCCACGAGCUAACGCAUGGAUAUGAUGACUGGGGGGGCCAGUACGACCGCCACGGCAACCUCAAACAGUGGUGGACAGAGGAGUCCUACAGGAAGUUCCAAAAGAAAGCCGAAUGUAUCGUCAAGCUCUACGAUAACUUCACUGUUUAUAACCAGAGAGUGAACGGUCGUCUGACACUCGGGGAGAACAUAGCAGACAUGGGAGGGCUGAAGCUGUCAUACUAUGCGUAUCAGAAGUGGGUGAGGGAACAUGGUCCAGAGAGGCCCCUGCCUGGGCUCAAAUACACCCACGAACAGCUGCUCUUCAUCGCCUUUGCACAGAACUGGUGUAUGAAGAGAAGAUCUCAGUCCAUCUACCUGCAGCUGCUGACUGACAAACAUGCGCCAGAGCACUACAGAGUGAUCGGCAGCGUUUCCCAGUUUGACGAGUUCGCCCGUGUGUUCCACUGUCCGAAGGGUUCUCCCAUGAACCCUGUGGACAAAUGCUCCGUAUGGUGACCUCUCCGCCGCAGCCUGGUGACCUCGGGAUGACCUUCAUCUUCACAGUCUCCACCCACCCACCUGCGCACACUACCUGUCCUACAUCACGCAUUCGUCAGAUGCUACAGGAUGCUACAUGGAGCCUAUUGUUGCCUGUAAAGGACACAGGGAGGUUCACGUCUUCACUUAGGAAAGUUUAUACAACUGUUCAUCGUCUGUAUUAAUCAAACUAAAGCAUGGGUCACAUGACCAUUGAUCAUGUACAUAAAUAUCAUUUGAUUACAUAUAUUUUUCUAUGUUUAAAUUUAUUUUCAGAUCAUCUAUUUUUGUAUUUUAGCGUAUAUAUCACAUACAUUAUGCGUAGGAUUCAUAAGCUAUUUGGUUUUUAAUUGAGCAGCGUGUUUCCUCACUCGUCUCUCCUCUGUGUAGCAUCAUCUAGAAAAACUUCAGCAUAUCAGCACGGCACCAACAGUGAUUUCAGUCCCUAAUGUAAACUGGACAAGGACCAAUUUCAAUUGAACCGGGAUCAGCAGCAAUCCUCGUGCCUGCCAAGAAAACAUUGGUGUUCUUUCACUUUGGGUAUUGAGAGUUUAAUUUGUGUCGCAGUGGCGCCCUCUUGUGGCCGCUGAGAGCAAUGGUCACUGUUCAGCCGCCAUGACUGUGUCGUUUGCCUGCACUGGUCUAUUGUUACUGUGAGUGUUUGUACGGUUUUUUAAGAUUUGUCAACUUUUUUUAAGGAAGAAAAAAGAAAAAAGGAAAAAAGAAGGUGGACUCAUGGUGGAAGUUUCUUCUCAGGAUUUGUAGCAAAGUGCAGCGACAAACAGGAGAUCUUUGUGUUUCUGUCUACAUUCAACUCGUGAGGUCCUUCAGCGCGGUCACGUAAGCGGCUUGGCAUCUCUAUCAGUCACGGGAUGACAGAUGAGAACUCACUGCAUGAACGAGCUGAUGCCAAAAACCCUCUCUACUGGAAACGGAAGAAGCUCCGCUGUUGGAUUAUUCGCAUCUCUCGGGUUCGACACGUGGACACGCUCUCGAGACGCCCCGGGAAUCGAGCGGGAGGGAGAGCGUGAGGCCACGUCAUAUAUUCACAGUUAACUCUCCACAUGAUAAAGUGCAACUGCGGUACAUGAAGAAUCAUACAUUUCUACACAAGUGUUAUUAAAAAAAAAUAAUAAUUAAAAAUUCAAAAAAUUACUUUUGUAUAAAGAAUCUGUUGGUACAAGAGAAAAGAAUCUUUGUACAGUGGAGAAGUAUAUACAAGAUGUUAUGGUUGUACAGUUUGUUUUGAUGAGAGUGCAUGUUUCUUCUCUGGCCAACGAACAAUUCUGAUCGCUGUAUAUGGAGGACAACGCACACACACGCACGCACACACACACGCGCAUGCACACACACACACACACACACACUCGUCUGACGCUACAUCUGCUAGUUCACACGUGGCUCCUAUCUCUUCCUCUCUGUUGGUCACUGUUUAAUGUUUGAAUAAAUACAAAGGAUCACUGUGCUCAGGUGUGUGUGUGUGUGUGUGUGUGUGUGUGUGUGAUACAUCACUUGUGUGUGUGUUGUUGGUCAUUAUCGGUGUGUUUGCAGCUGGGCCCUCACAGGCCUGGGUCCCUCAGUGAUGAGAGCCAGCGCUCUCUUGGCGUCCCAGCGUUGGAUGGGGGACCAGCUCCACCUCUCGCUCCCCGUGUCCCGUUUGUUUGAAACCUGAAGCAGAAAUCAGACGACAAAUUUAAAACACAACAACAAGCUCUCUCUAUCUCUCUCUUUUCUUUUCUUUUUUUUUUCUUUGUUUUUGUUUUAAAAAAUAAUUUCUCCAAUUAAACCAGUUUCAUUCAAUCUGCCAGAGUGGAGCAGUUCUUUCCAGAGUCUCAGUGAAGCUUCCUCUGCUGCUUUUAUUUAGUUUAAAGUGUCUUUACAGUAUUUCAGGUAUAAAUUCAACAUUUUUUCUAUUUUCAAAUGAACAGCAAUUAAAACAAAGCUAAUACAUGGUUUUGACCCAUGGCAGUAGCCACGUAACAUUUCAUGUCUAUUUAAAGAGUGUUAUCACAGUCUGGCAGCUGUUACGUCACAUACAAACCAAGUAACACAAUCCAGCUGUUGUUCUGUGAGACUGGUCGUUAUUUUUCUUCCCCUGAAAUACAUAACGUGGCCGUUUGCUAAUUGACAAGAUACACAGACUGUGCUCAUUAAUCCACAAUGAAAUGAUGGACAAAGCAGCAACUAACUGAGGAGAGUUCACGGCUGUUGAAGGUUCUUUUCCUUUUUUUUCCUUCCUGUCAGUGAUUUUGUUUGAUUUUUUUGCUGUAAUAUUUGACAUGUAUGGAGAGUUAGAGUAAGUUUUUCCUGCUAUCUUCAGGUUCAGUUUGUUUCGGUUGUUAAUGGAGUUGAUGAAUGAAAGGUGACUGUCUGCUGGAGCUUCCUGUGGCGCAGUUGUGCACUAGGUGUUUCAGAAGAAUCCACUUCUCUCUCUGUCUGAAUCAUUUUUGAUCUUUCUGGAUGUCACAGAAAACAUCUCUGCAGACUAAUCCUGCUGUAAUGACCUGUUCAGUCUGCUCACCGCAGCUGCAGCGCUCAAACAGAUGUAACGCAGAAUAUUUCAACUAAUGUCAGUUGUCAGUGGUUCAGUGCAUCAUCAUCUUCUUCAUAAACAAUGUUUUGAAAGCUU